CCAGCUGCCCAUAAUGUCCAUGCCAAACUUCAAUACUCUUCCUGGCUUUUGAGCCUGCUGCUUGGAAAAUGUUUCCUGUCACCCAGAGAAGAAGGGGACAAUCUGAGGCCUUGUUUUAUGGCAGGAAAACAUUGAGACAUCAGUGCAAUAAAAGUGAUGGCCAAAAGUCAAACUGUAGUUCGCACAAGAGCCAAUAAACAGUGCAGGGCCGAGGAAAGUGGAAAUGUAUCCCUUUAUUUCUGAUCAGAAGCAAAGGGGCUACGAGGAGCCCUGAACAAGACAGGCAUUCUAUUUUUGUACCCCAAGGUACAGGAAAUUCAAAAUGGCAACAUUGAUUGGUUGCAAAUUUCAUAUUAUGGCACGUGUAUAAGCAAUGAUGUUCAGCGUGGAAUAACAAGUAUACAAGCCGUCCUGUUCAGGUGUUCUUAGCAUGAUCUAUACCACAUAGACCCCCGCUUGCCCCUCAUCCCAAGCUGAAACAAGCUGCUAGGUGCUGUUCUAACAGCAUCCUAUGCCUCUAGCUGUGAUUUCUCUGUAGGGUCUGCUUUCAGCAAUGGUUGCCAAGCGUGCGGAUCUUAUUCUGAUCUAGCUAAGCUACUGGCAGCUUCCUGUUCUGAGUUUCUAUGCAGACAAGAUGAAAGGAGAUGGAAAAUAACUGAAAAUAUGUCCCUUUUAAAUGAAGCACUUUCAGGGCUGGGGUCUCAGGCCCUCAACAGCAAACCAUUCAGCAAGUCCCAAGAUGGCCCAAAUAUGGAGUUUAUUGAAGAGAUCCAGUUUAAAAACAGCUUGCAAUGGGAAAUGAAGAAGACUGGCAAGCAAAGCCAGUGCAGAAGCUGAGCAUCUUAGAUUAGUCUGGCAGCCGGCCAGCCAGUGCUUCGUGCUGUAAUGUGGAGAAGCUCUUCUGACCAUCAAACUAACAUGGCUGUUUCUUUGGCAAAUGUGUUCAAAAUUAUUUUUUUAAAUGGAGCGGUGGUGGUACUUUAUAGCUUGGUUUGCCCCAGGGGCUCAAGGCAAGCACAGGAUGCUCCCAGACUGUGGGGCUUCUGGCUGCAUGAGGAGCACCUAGGCCUCGUGCUUCCGCUUAGGGGUCAGUGUUGGUAACUGUGAAGUCAGUGGGACCAGUGGCGUUUGGUGGGAGGGAUUCCCCCUCUCAGGCUGGGAGGGCCUCCUGCAAAAAGGCGUUCAGGUGAUCCAAGGCCAGGUUGCCCAUUGCCCAAGUCACGAGACAGCAGGGCAGGUUGUAACUGGCAGGCUACCUCUCAAUCUGCGCCAAUCUGAUGCAGUUGUCAUCAGAGAGGAGCUCCAGGGUCCCUGCCCCUGUGCUGCGCCUUAGGCAGUCUCCCAGCGAAGGAUCCCACGCGUGAAUCCAGUGAGUGUAUUGUCCCAGAUCAUUGUACAUGGGAAAGCCGGGGCCAGGGUUCGCCUGAGCCAAGCAUUCAUUUAAGGUGAAGGGCCUACCUGUGUACCCGUUGGCGGCCCUGCUGCGCCUGCUGCCUGUGACCUUAUUAAGCUGCACUGGACUCCGAAGCCGCGUCCAGAACCCCUCUGGGCCUGAAAGGGGGAGGGCUUUCUCCCUUGAUGCUUCAUCCACUUACAGGAUGCACGAAACCACGGAAGCAGCAGAGCCGGGAGGACGAGGGACAGGAGACGGCGGCGGCUUCUUCCGCUGCCGAGAAGCCCGGACGUCUUCGCCCGUCCGUCGCGGCGCUUAUCCCCCGGCAGGCCGCUUCCACCGAGGGCCCCGAGAAGGGCCUUUUCCGGACCGCGAGAGCAAAAGCGUCGGUCCUACCGGAAGAGGGUAUAUGAGCCGGCGGGCACGGGGGCUCCGGCCUCCACCCUGCCGUCCCAAGGAAUCUCCCUCCCAUCGCCGCGGCCCGCUCCGGCCGAGUUACGGGCCCCGAGCGGACGAGAUUGAACAGCGGCCUCGGCCUCCGCCCCCACCUCCCGCCGGCCGCGCAGCUCCUCCUCCCGCCGCCUGCGCAGAGGCACCUCCUCCGCCCCCGGGCCCGGACUACAGCUCCCGGCGAGCUCCGGCAGAGGAAAGCUUGGCCGCCGCCGUCGCCGCUUUUCCGCCCGCGGGCCAGCCAACUCUCCCGCUCCGCCGCGCCGUUGGCAACCGCCGGAGAUGCCGCUGUAAAGCCGCCGCCGCCGCUCCGCAGAGGCGCCCCGAUGUCUCCGGCGCUGCUGGCGCUCUGGCUGUGGCUGGGCUCGGGCGGGGCGCGCGGCCUCGGAGGCGCCCCGGCGGGGCCGUCCGGGCUCCGCUUGCCGCUGCACAGCGCGCUGCCCGGGACGCCAGCGGCGGAAGGGCGGGCGCGGCGCUCGGCCGGCGAGCGGGAGCAACCCCGGAGCCGCGCCGCCGCCAUCAGCAGCAGCAGCUUCGUGGCCAUGGUGGACAACCUGCGCGGAAAAUCGGGGCAGGGCUAUUACGUGGAGAUGACGGUGGGCAGCCCCCCGCAGAAGCUGAAUAUCCUGGUGGACACUGGAAGCAGCAACUUUGCCGUGGGUGCAGCCCCUCAUCAGUUCCUGCAGCGAUACUACCAGUGCCAGCUCUCCAGCACCUAUCGGGACCUGCGGAAGGGAGUCUACGUGCCCUACACGCAAGGGAAGUGGGAGGGAGAGCUGGGCACUGACUUAGUGGCCAUCCCUCAUGGCCCAAAUGUCACGGUUCGUGCCAACAUUGCCGCCAUCAUCAAGUCGGACAAGUUCUUUAUCAAUGGCUCCAACUGGGAAGGCAUUCUGGGCUUGGCAUAUGCCGAAAUUGCCCGGCCAGACAACAGCCUGGAGCCCUUCUUUGACUCACUGGUGAAGCAAACGCAGGUGGCCAACAUCUUCUCCCUGCAGCUGUGUGGCACCAGCUUCCCGACCAAUGAUUCAGAGACCCUGGCGUCCGUGGGGGGCAGCAUGAUCAUUGGGGGCAUCGACCAGGCCCUCUACAGGGGCAACAUCUGGUACACCCCUAUCCGGAAGGAAUGGUACUAUGAGGUUGUCAUAGUCAAGAUGGAGAUCAAUGGGCAGGAUCUCCAGAUGGACUGCAAGGAGUACAAUUACGACAAGAGCAUUGUGGACAGCGGCACCACCAACCUUCGGCUGCCCAAGAAGGUCUUUGAGGAGGCAGUGAAAUCCAUCAAGACAGCUUCCUCGACAGAGAAGUUCCCGGAUGGCUUCUGGCUGGGGGAGCAGCUGGUUUGCUGGCAAGUGGGAACGACCCCUUGGAACAUCUUCCCGGUCAUCUCUCUCUACUUGAUGGGGGAGGCCACCAACCAUUCCUUCCGGAUCAGCAUCCUGCCCCAGCAAUACCUACGGCCUGUCGAGGACGUGGCUACCUCCCAGGACGAGUGCUACAAGUUUGCUGUCUCCCAGUCCUCCACUGGCACCGUCAUGGGGGCAGUGAUCAUGGAGGGCUUCUACGUGGUCUUUGACCGGGCUCAAAAGCGCAUUGGCUUUGCUGUCAGCACUUGCCAUGUGCAGGAUGCAUUCUGGACAGCCUCAGUGGAUGGGCCUUUCUUGCACCCCGACAUGGAGGACUGUGGCUACAACAUCCCCCAGACGGACGAGUCAACUCUGAUGACCAUCGCAUACAUCAUGGCAGCCAUUUGCGCUCUCUUCAUGCUUCCUCUCUGCCUGAUGGUCUCGCAGUGGCGCUGCCUGCGCUGCCUUCGCCGUGGUCACGAUGACUUUGCUGAUGACAUUUCCCUGCUCAAGUGAGCGCUGCCCUCCCCCCCAGCCCCAAGCCCAUGCUGGCAACAUGGCUGGGCAUGGGCACUGGGACCAUCGUCCCCUCUCCUAGCGCUGCUGUGGCCUUUGCCUUCUCCAUGCGGACAGCUGCUGUUGCUGGGUUUGCUCAGCUGCCGCCCAGGGCCUACCAUAACUACCAGCCUCCAGCCUAUGGUGGGCAGGGAGAUUGGCAGAAGAGCCGUUGCUUCCACUGGUGUCCCAGAAGUUCCACAAUUAACACAAGCAGCGGGCAGGCGGACUGGCUGGGUCCUGUCAUCUCUCCGGAAAACACCUUUUCUCCUGUUGCACUGAGUUUGCCAGUAACAGUGACUGCUGCAGUUUGUGCAUCACGGAAGCGCUAGGUGAAGGGGGGGGGGGGGGCUUCUGAGCAGUGCUUCUUUUUAAUUUAUUAAGGGUGUGUGCUUUUUUCUCUAGAUUUCAAUAGUUAUAUAACUGAAGGGGGGGUGCCAUACCCCACUUUUAGAGUCUUCAGGUGCCUGCUUGGAAUUUAUGUCUGGUGACACCAUUUCAAGGGCAUCUCUUCCCCUCUCCCCAUGCCUGCUGGGACAGGGAUCAGUUCAAGAUGAGGGACCCACUGAAUUGGCGAAGGGGUUACUGGAGGUUUUCUAGAUGGCUGUAGAAACCUGAAUUCCAGGAAUCAAUGAAGUUUAUGGCUGUAACAGGAACAGCCACCUGGGGGUGGGGAGACCCUCCUGCUUAUUGUGUUGCCCUUCCUCCCCGGGAAGGAUCCAGUGGGCUCCCCUCCUCCAGACAAGUUCUGCUACAGAGGCCCCAUGAGCUGGCCAUUAGGUCAAAGUGCCAGGCCCCCAUUUCCAGUGUGUGUGUGUGUGUGAGAGAGAGAGAGAUGGAACUCUCCCAUUGGCAGAGUCCCUGCUGACAGAAGCAGGACCCAAUGCCAGCCUCCUGCCUGGCUGUCUUGGAUGCCAAGCAAGCUGAAUGUGUGGCCUGGUUCUGGCACUUCUUCCUCACCCCUUUCUGCCGAUCUGGCCCAGCUUUUUUCCUCCUGUCCUCCGCCCAGGAGGGUGGGAAGGUUCAGAGGGUUUGAGGCCGAAGCAGCUCUGUUGCCAGCUUGGGCACCCAGUGGCCUUGCGCAGUUGGGAAUGGACAGGCAGAGAGACAUCUUUCCUCAGUAGCCUGCAGCUGACUUGCCAAGGAGCCGCUGGCCGUUCCCCAGGCUCUGUGGCGGCAGAGUUAGCUGUGGGCGCCCAAAUAGCUGCCUCUCUGCCAAAUGGGCAGCCUGGACUCUGAUCCCUGCUCUGGGGCCUCUGCUGAGCAACACGUGGUCAGGCAGUAUUGGAGCAGGGCAGGGCCCAGACCCCUCAGUAGCACAGGCAGCUCUCCUGCAGUGGUCUAGGGUUUUUGCUUGGGCUAGUUGACCUCCAAGGUCUCUUCCAAUUUCUGUAAUUCUGCAGUGUGGAGUCCAAGGUGUUUCCUUUGCAGCGGACAGAAGUGGGUGAGGAGAGUUAGUUUCCUCUGUUGUAUUGUGAGACCCCCCCCACCUUUUCCAGGCUCCUGGAUGCGGUCUGCCUGAGAGGAGCAGACAGCUGUGGGACUGGGGACCUCUGUCCUCUGGGCAGGGAUUUGGCAUGGAAAGCCUUGGGAGGCCGACAGGGCACAGAGAUCCCACUGGGUCUCCACUGCUGUGAAUGGAACACUCCUUGGGAGAUCCUCAGCACCGACGCUGGCCAUGGGAGACGGGGAUAGUUGCAGUCAAUGUGCUUGUACAAUAUUUUAAAUGUUGUACAUUUGAUGUACAAUGUAAAUGUACAAUGUAAAUAUUUGUAAUAUUAGCUCCCCAAUCUUCCCAUUUUGUCUCAAAUGCAAAAGAAGAAACAAGCUAGAAAACCUU